UGAACAUGUAUUGCACGUGACGUUCCUUCCUCCUACUUAUCUUCAUCUCCCAUUCUCCUCCAUACUUUUCAAUUCUCAAAAUUUUCAUUGAUUAAUUCAUUUCCCAUUGCCAAAGUUCCAAUUUUGAAGGAAAAUUCUGGGUUUUGUCUAGAUUGAUCAUAGUUUUUACCUUGUUCUUAUGAAGGGUGAAUCAGAGGUUACAAAAUUUAGCUUAGAUGCCAGAAAGAAUGAAAAAGAUAGGUUUCCAAAAGUAUUGGAUCCUGCAAUAUCCAAUUUUUUUGUGCAGUUACCUCACAAGUUUCAAAAUAUUGUAAAGAAUCAGCUGAGCAGAUUAGCAAAACAUGAAGGAAUGAAUUGGGGGAAAUCUGUUCAGAAAAAUGGGAGUGGAAAUUUUAUUGCAUCUGAAGCUGAACUGAAUGAGCAAUUGCAAGCAUGGAAAGAAAAUCCUUCUUGGGUUGAUAAGCCACCACAAAUAAAGGUGACUGUUCCCAAAGGCUCUCUUUGCAACCUAGAUGUAGAAGUUGAUGUCGGACUUCCCCCUGAUGCAGUAUAUAAUAUCGUGAUAGAUCCUGACAAUAGAAGAGUUUUCAAAAAUAUCAAAGAAGUGGUAUCCAGAAAAGUUUUGGUUGAUGAGGGCCAUAGACAAGUGGUUGAUCUCGAGCAAGCAGCCAUUUGGAAAUUUCUUUGGUGGUCAGGGACUAUUGCAAUUAAUGUUUUGGUUGAUCAAAACAGAAAUGACUACUCUAUGAGGUUUAAGCAAACCAAGACAGGAUUCAUGAAAAAAUUUGAAGGCUGUUGGAGGGUAGAGCCGUUAUUUGUCGACGAAGCAACCUGCUAUCCCUUUAAACCUAAGACAAAGGAAGACUAUAACAUGUGUACAAGAGGAAAAGGAAGAAUCGGAUCUAAAGUUCAUCUAGAUCAAAUACUACAGCCAGCUAUUGUCCCUCCACCUCCCAUAUCAUGGUAUUUGAGAGGAAUCACUGCCAAGACAACUGAAAUGCUUAUAACUGAUCUACUUGCAGAAACUGCCAGAAUCAGAGAGGGAUACGAGGCUGAAAAGUCCAAAGAAGAGAUUCAAGUAAAAACUGGUGAAAAUUUGGACCUACUUGCUAACACGAAUAACAUUAAAGAGAGGUGGACUUUACGGAGAAAAAAUGCGAAGCAGAGCCAUAGAGGACCGUUAGCUUGAUAAAUGAUUGUCCUAUGUAUAUUUUUAUAAUUUGAAUUGCAGCAAUCUGUUUAGAUUGCUCCAUAGUUAUUGAGUUCACUUUUGGCUCAUUGCAUUCCAGUUUGGUGAACUGUUGUUUCGAUUUCUCAAAAUAUUAGAGCUGUUACCAAGGGAUGACUAAA